AUGCCAAGAUUAAAUCCUGACAACUCCUAUUUAUCAGAGACGUAACUCAAUUCCGACUACCUCAUCAUUUUCUACUUCCCUCACUUCAUCAUGGGUGUGUCUGAGCCUGGUUCCUCAACCACUCCUGACCUGCCUCCCAUGGAACACGAGCGGCCAGGAUCUGGCAGUGGCCUGGAUGACGAGGACAUUCCUCAGAGGAAACAAAGGAGAUACAGAACCACGUUCACAAGUUAUCAACUUGAUGAACUGGAGAAGGCCUUUGGAAGGACCCAUUAUCCUGAUGUUUUUACUAGAGAAGAGCUCGCUUUGAAAAUCGGCCUCACCGAAGCUAGAAUUCAGGUAUGGUUCCAAAACCGUAGAGCGAAGUGGCGUAAACAAGAGAAAGUGGGGCCCCACGCUCACCCCUACAGCGGGUACCUGGGAGGGGCUCAGCCGUUACCUACAUCAGCCUCAUUACCGGGACCCCCUCAUCCAUUGUCACAACUCGGCUUUGGACUGAGAAAGCCCUUUGAUGCUGCAUUAGCCUCAUUUAGAUACGCAAGCACACCACUAUUCGGCGCCCAGUACUUACCACCACUAUCGCGCCCCCCUCUCUUCGGAGCUCCAUUGUACGCGACAUCACCAGCACAUUUCCAUUCCAUCUUCGCGAACCUAACCGUCCCCGAACCUCCCCGACUAUCACCCGAACAGUCCCGACCAAUUCCCGACUUAUCACAAGCAUCCCCCGAUGUUUCCCGACCGUCGUCCGAUCAUUCCCGAUUGUCACCCGAAGUUACCCGAUCUCCAGCACCAUCCAUGUCUCCUCCAAUAUCGCCGGGAAGUGAAAGCUUGCCUAUGCACCCAGUGAUGGAUGAUGUGCGCACUUCUAGCAUCGCUGCUUUAAGACUAGCGGCUCGAGAACAUGAGCUUAGGUUAGAAUUGUUAAGGCAACGAGCUGAUCUCAUGUGUUAAUUGAGAAAU